CAUAAACAAAUUUUAUAAUUCAAAAAAAUUUUUUGAGCUUUCGAAAUAAUGUCUUCUCAAGAUAUUGAAUGCUCAAAACAUUCUAGAUAUUUAAAAAAUGAAUUUAUAAAUUGGACCAGCGGAAAUGAAAGAAUUGAUGAUUUCAUUCAAGAAAUGCAAUUAAAAGUUGAAAAUACAAUAUUCGAAUGGAUACCAUACAGUCAAUUUAAUGAAAUUAAAGAAACUGGUAAAAAUAAUUUUAUGACAAUAUAUUCAGCAAUAUGGAAAAAUGAUCCAUUACAUUACAAUAAUUGGGGAGAUGAAUAUAUGAGUAAUUCAAAUAAGGUAGUUGCUUUAAAAAUUUUACAUAACUUACAAAAUCCUGUCGAAUUUGUAAUAAAUGAGGUCAAAAGAUAUUCAACAAAAAAUGAAUCAUUUCUUAUGUUAUAUGGGAUAUCUCAAAGUCCAGAUACAGAUGAUUAUAUUUUAGUCCAAAAUAAUUCUAUAAACCUCACAAAUUGGACCAGUGGAAAUGAACAAAUAGAUGACUUCAUUCAAGAAAGGCAAUUAAAAAUCAAUAAGCAAAAUGAUGUAGUAUUUGAAUGGAUACCAUAUAGUCAGUUUAAUGAAAUUAAUAAAAUAGGCAAAAAUAGUUUUAUGACGGUGUAUUCAGCAAUAUGGAAAGAUGGUCCAUUGCGUUAUGUUGGAGAUUAUACAAGAGAUUCAAAUAAAGAAGUUGUCUUAAAAUUAUUGCAUAACUCACAAAAUUCUGUUGAAUUUAUAAUAAACGAGGCUAAAAAAUAUUCAACAAAAAAUGAAUCAUUUCACAUAUUAUACGGAAUAUCUCAAUGUACAGAUACGAAAGAUUGUAUUUUAGUUCAAAAUAAUUCCAUAACCCUUACAAAUUGGAUAAGUGGAAAUGAAAAAAUUGAUGUUUUCAUUCAAGAAAUGCAAUUAGAAAUUAAAGACCAUCAUGAUGUGGCAUUCGAAUGGAUACCAUACAGUCAGUUUAAUGAAAUUAAAGAGACAGACAAAAAUAGUUCUAUAACAGUAAAUUCAGCAAUAUGGAAAAAUGGUCCAUUAUAUUGGAAUAUUCGGCAUGAAGAAUAUAUAAGAGAUCCAAAUAAAGAAGUUGCUUUAAAAUGUUUGCAUAACUCGCAAAAUCCCGAAUCAUUAGUAAGCGAGGUAUAAAUUUCAACAAAUUCAGAUUAUUAUAGCAUUAUUCUGAAAAAUAUACUUAUCUUUAUUAUUAUGUUUAGGUUAAAAAAUGUUUAACAAAAACAUUUGACUUAGAGAUACU